UAUAUUUCCUUCUCACCACUUGGAAUAUUCUUUCUUCUUCGCUUACUCACACACGCUCUCUCUCUCUUCUUCGCCUCUCUUUCUUCUGUCCUCUCUCUCUCUCUCUCUCUCUCUCUCUCUCUCUCAAGCUCACCACUUUUAAUGGUUGCUGGUGCUGUUCGAGGACGUAGAUGUCACCGCCUCUCGAGCAUGACUACAUAGGCCUCUCGGAGCUCCACUCACCCGCCGCCGCCGUCGUGGGCGGCGGAGGAGCCGAGGAUGGAGCGCUCAACUUGAAGGACACGGAGCUGAGGCUGGGCCUCCCCGGGUCCGAUUCCUCCGACCGGAAGGACAAGGUGGCCCUCACCCUCGGUCUCCUCCCGAAGAUCUUCGUCUCCGGCGCCAAGAGGGGGUUCUCUGACACCAUCGACGGGGCCGGAAAGUGGGGCCUCGCUGCUGUAGGGGGUGGAUCCGAAGUGGAGGCCGGGAAAGGUGGCGCCUUAUUCUCGCCGAGAGGGGAGAGGGGCGGCGGGGGGCACGGGAAUGCGGGCAACGAUGCGGUGGGGAAGGCGGUUGGGCAUGAACCGAAGGACACCGGGCAGGUUGGAGAUUCCGCUGGUAAUGACCGUGGCGUUGCGCCUGCUGCCAAGGCACAGGUGGUUGGUUGGCCACCGAUCCGCAGCUACCGUAAAAACACUAUGGCUACAAAUCCCUCAAAGAACAAAGAAGAUGCCAAUGGGAAACAAGGUCUAGGUUGUCUUUAUGUCAAGGUCAGCAUGGAUGGAGCACCAUAUCUUAGGAAAGUUGACCUGAAGACAUACAGCAAUUAUAAGGAGUUCUCCUUGGCACUUGAGAAGAUGUUUAGUGGCUUCACCAUUGGGCAGUGUGGUUCUCAUGGAAUACCAGGACGAGAUGGAUUAUCUGAGAGCAGGCUGAUGGAUUUUCUGAGUGGAUCUGAAUAUGUGCUCACUUAUGAAGACAGAGAUGGUGACUGGAUGCUUGUUGGGGAUGUGCCCUGGGAGAUGUUCACAGACUCUUGCAGGAGGCUGAGGAUAAUGAAGGGUUCAGAUGCUAUUGGACUUGCUCCAAGGGCCAUGGAGAAAUGCAGGAACCGUAACUAGGGGCCAUUGCUGACCCUUUUAUGAAAGCAGAUGUGAAUCAGAUGUCUGUAGGCCCUCCUUGAGAAGAAAACAUUAACAAGUUUGCCCGGUAACUGUUAUAUUUCCUGUUUGCUGCUAAGACUGUUAGCUAAGAUUCCCUAGAGACGUAAACGACUUAUGAUCGUGUAUGUAUUUGGUGUUUCUGUCUUGUUAUUACUGUAUGCCUAAACAUCUGGCUUGCUGUUUAGAUCUGUUUUAAUUUUAGUUUCCCGUUUGAAAA